GUGUGAGUGACUCUGUGUGUAACAUGCUCUGUCAUGCUGCUGUGACUACCUCUGCCUCUCUAACCGGCGUCGUCGGCUGUCAGCAAAAAGGAAUGUUUUCCGGAGGAAUGAGUCCCUGAGCUGGUUCACCAUGUGGAUGUGGGACAGUAAUUUCCAAACCUUUGCAGGAAGAAUCCCACGGAAAAAAGAGCAGCGGCCAGAGAACUUAGCUGGUCCUGCCGGGUGGCCGCCUAUGUGCUCUCACUUCUGCUGAGACUUUCUCUGACAGUUCACACUGGGAUUACAUCAGCUUUUUAUUGUCACAUUAAUGGGAAUUUUACUUCUCUUCAGGAACUCAGUGGAUUUUAUGGCAGUUUGUAGUUCGAUUUUUAAGAUUGCCUUGCUCUUUUUGGCAGUGAUGCACUAAAACCAAACCAGUGAGGUUGAGAAGACUGGUCUGAAUGGGAGCAUCAUAGCUGUGGACUACAGCAUGGAACACUGCAUAUUGUGCUGGGGCCUGCAGAAACUGUGGAGCACAGUCUUUAGAUAGAUAUCUACUUAGAUAAGGGGAGAAGGUUAACAGGAAGGGGCAUCAGUUCUGUGAGGCUUCGUAAUGAAACCUGGAAGAUGUCCAGGGGUUCCCAGUGACAAAGCCAUGAUGCAAAUAAGCCACUUCCCUUUUAGAAGACACUCCUGGAUAUGUUUCGAUGUGGACAAUGGCACAUCAUCAGGUCGCAGUCCCCUGGAUCCAAUGGCCAGCCCAGGCUCAGGCCUCAUUCUGCAAGCCAACUUUGUCCACAGCCAACGACGAGAGUCAUUCCUGUACCGCUCGGACAGCGAAUAUGACCUCUCGCCGAAGUCGAUGUCCAGAAACUCCUCCAUUGCCAGUGACAUUCAUGGUGACGAUAUGAUUGUAACGCCAUUUGCACAGGUUCUCGCCAGUUUGAGGACAGUACGAAACAAUUUUGGUGCAUUAACUAAUCUACAGCAAGACAGAGCGUCCAAUAAGAGAUCACCCAUGUGUAACCCCCCACCCAUCACCAAGACCACCUUUACAGAGGAGGCCUACCAGAAACUGGCCACUGAGACCCUGGAGGAGCUCGACUGGUGUUUGGACCAGCUGGAGACGCUGCAGACGAGACACUCGGUCAGCGAGAUGGCCUCUAACAAGUUCAAGAGGAUGCUGAACCGAGAGCUGACUCACCUAUCAGAGAUGAGCCGAUCCGGGAACCAGGUGUCUGAGUUCAUCUCCAGCACCUUCCUGGACAAGCAGCAUGAAGUAGAGAUGCCGUCCCCUCAAACGCAGAAGGAGAAAGAGAAGAAGAACAAGCCCAUGUCUCAGAUCAGCGGGGUGAAAAAGCUGCAACACUCCUCCAGCCUCACAAACUCCAACAUCCCUCGCUUUGGAGUCAAGACGGAAACUGAGGACGAACUCGCUAAGGAGCUGGAGCAUGUUAAUAAAUGGGGCCUUAACGUUUUUAAAAUCUCAGAGUUCUCUGGGAAUCGGCCACUGACAGUCAUGAUGUACACGAUAUUCCAGGAAAGAGACUUGUUAAAAACAUUUAAAAUUCCACUUGACACCUUUAUAACAUACCUGAUGACCUUAGAAGACCAUUAUCACGGAGAUGUGGCCUACCAUAACAACAUCCAUGCUGCUGACGUCACCCAGUCAACUCACGUGCUGCUAUCUACCCCCGCCCUUGAGGCUGUGUUCACAGACCUCGAGAUCCUAGCUGCCAUUUUUGCCAGUGCAAUUCAUGACGUGGACCAUCCUGGAGUCUCCAACCAGUUCCUCAUCAACACCAAUUCAGAGCUGGCACUGAUGUACAAUGACUCGUCAGUGUUGGAGAACCAUCAUCUAGCAGUCGGUUUUAAGCUUCUACAAGAGGAGAACUGUGACAUCUUCCAAAAUCUGACCAAAAAACAAAGACAAUCACUGCGAAAGAUGGUCAUUGACAUUGUACUAGCAACAGACAUGUCUAAGCACAUGAAUCUACUGGCUGAUCUGAAAACGAUGGUAGAAACCAAGAAGGUGACCAGUUCGGGUGUCUUGCUGUUGGACAACUACUCAGACAGGAUACAGGUUCUCCAGAACAUGGUGCAUUGUGCAGAUUUGAGUAAUCCCACCAAGCCUCUCCAGCUGUAUCGACAGUGGACGGACCGCAUCAUGGAGGAGUUCUUCAGCCAGGGCGACCGCGAGAGGGAGCGAGGGAUGGAGAUCAGCCCCAUGUGUGACAAACACAAUGCCUCAGUAGAAAAGAGCCAGGUGGGUUUCAUUGACUAUAUCGUUCACCCUCUGUGGGAGACGUGGGCAGACCUGGUCCACCCGGACGCCCAGGACAUCCUGGACACGCUGGAGGACAACAGGGAGUGGUACCAAAGCACCAUCCCCCAAAGCCCCUCUCCUGCUCUGGACGAGCCUGAAGACGGCACUCGGCCCCCAGGAGGGGACAAGUUCCAGUUUGAGCUCACACUGGAGGAGGACGGGGAGUCAGACACUGAGAAAGACAGCGGCAGCCAGCCUGAAGAGGAGGAGGAGGAGGAGGAGGAAGAGGAGGAGGAAAACAGCUGUACUGACUCAAAAACGCUGUGUACGCAGGACUCUGAAUCCACAGAGAUUCCUUUAGACGAACAGGUGGGGGAGGAUGAGGACGAGGAGGAGGAGGAGGUGGUACCAGAGGAGGGGGAGACACCCUGCUCGCAGACAUGUGUAGUGGAGGAGGAGGUACCAGAGGAGGAGGAGGAAGAGGAGGAGAAGGAGGAAAGCCCCCACACAUAGCAGUUUGUGGACAGCACCCGAUGAACUGUUCUUCUUAGUAAUGACAGAUUAUUUAUAGAAUAUUUUUGGGGUUUUGUGGAGUUUGUCCGUGUUUUUUAUACAUCUAUGUUUAUGGUUCCAAAGCGUGCGCUGCUCUCCACCAUGACCACUCCUCCUGACAGCUUUCAGACACGCCCACCGGUACUUUCUUCAAGUUUUUUUGCACUCAGGAAACCUCCUUUCCAUUCCCGUUUGUACUGAAGUGGUGUGUCUUUAUUUCACUUUUACACCUCUCCGUUAUAAGCUUAUGUUUGGACGAGCCUGCUCAGUGCUCUUCCUACCACAUGACCAUUCCUCUCCUCUGCUUCGUCUCAGCCUUGCCUGAAAGUUUAGCAGUGUUUCCGUGUUUUUAUCAAGUGCCCAUACUCUACUCUAGAGACGGUAAUUGUUGUGUUCAAGGAGAAUCCCCCUCUCUGGGUUAGGUCAUUUCCUCCCCAAUUAGGAGGCAUUUAAUGCCACCGUCUGCUGAAAACCUGACGGGACGGCGCAGACAUGAAAGCUGCAGCACACUGGGGGGGGGCCUUUUUGUUUCUGAUGUGGAAGUCUUCCUUGAAAAAAAAAAAAACCUGACUGAUACAAAGCUCAAUUCUACACAGCUGUGAUGCUGUCCUAGACCUCUUUAAUUUUUGUAUCGUACUGUAUGUAAGAUUCAGAUAUUUUCUAGACUUUACUUUUGCAAUCCUAGGCUUUGUUUUGUUAGCAAAGAAGAUUUUGGGAACCAAUGGGGGUGAAACGUGUCUCACAUAUUCAGUGUUUUGAAGGAUAUCUUCACGGCUGGAUUACAUUAGGAGUGUUCUGAGGUGUUUGCACUUGCUCCAAUAGCAUUUAUACUACAAAUCCCAUGCCACUACGCUCAUGUUUGGUUCAUCCUGUGAGUUUAAUAUUUUUUUUUGUGAAACUGAUAAGGAAGCAGGAACCUGAAGUCUUAUGCUUUACUCUCAAUGAAACAGUUUGUGACGUGGAUGAAGCCUUUGAAUUUUAUUAUUGUUGCCUGCAGUUCUUUUGAACACAUCCUGAGACAAUGCAAUGCUUUGUAGUUGAUAUAAAAAGCACCUUUUUUUAGAAGCUUGAUCAGUGCUCUGAGUAUACAGAAAUAGUUACGGUGAUAAUAACUACUGGGGUGAUUUUAUACCAAUGUUUUAAAAGCUUUUAUUUUUGCCCAUUUUGUUCGAUUUUCCCAUCAGCAGCAGCUACACACAUGCCUGUUUUCAACCACUUUAUACUUGUUUUAACAUCAAACCCAGUUGCUGUUUUGUUUCUAACAAGACAAUCAGCUCCGUUAAGUCAUCAACAGAGAGGCUUAACCUCCACAUUGAUGCACUGAUAUAUUCUUAUAUCACCACUUUGUUUUGUGUCUAACUUGCCAAAACACUCACUUUCUUUCUCCAUGUUUCUUUUACUUUCACAUAACACCUCAUGCCCUUAUUUAUUGCUCUCAUUUUGUCAUUUUUUGCUAUAUAAAUUUGGUACAGUAAAUAUUUCACUGUAGCAUAACCCACAGUACAAGCUUGCCAGUAACAACACCCAAAUAUACAUUUUCCCUCCUCUGUGUAUAUAAAAUAAACAAAAUCAACAUCUAAAAAACAGAAAAAAACUUGAAAUACUGCACACUGCUUUUUUAUGUGCUUGUUUUAAUAAUGUGUCAUUUCAGAACUUUUUAUUUAAUCUUUCAUUUUGUGCCAAGAUUUUUCUUUUUCUCUCUGUUGUUUUUUCAUCCUCACCCGAUGCCCUUACCUGUAAUAAAAGAUUCUGGUUUUAUCGCUGUUUACAAACAUAUUUAUUGUGCUGUAUAUAAUAUAUAAUUAUUAAUGUUAUUACUAUCAUAAUGCCGUUUGUCGUAAAUGGUUGAUUCUUAUCAUCCCUUUUGGUGAUGGUGUGGCUGUACAACGUACCUCUUGUUGAGAGAAUGUUUCUUACACAUAAGCUUUGGUGUAAAAACGAUCCAUCGACAUGUUUGCUCACCUGAGAACUAGCUCAGUGAAGAGAGGGGGAAAGCCAAAUUGUUUUUUAAAAAGAAACUGUUCCUUGGCCCAUGGGCUGUGCCUUAAAUUCAACGCAUGUCAUUUACUUUUAGCCUUUUUUUUCUACUUUGGUUUCCUAGAUCUCUUUUUGCUGCAUAAGUGAAUCUCUCCAGGCUAGGGUUGGCCUGAUCUCCUGUUGUGAAUUCAAACAUGUUGCCUUUUUACUAUCACAGCCAAACGAAUUCCCCUACAGAUGGCACUCGGAUUGAUGAGUCAGUGCAGGAGUUUGCAGGCCAACCACGAGUCAGAGAUUUACUUUUUGAGUGAUGUGUGGCCUAUAGCCGGAUGUCCAAGAGUCGAAUUUGCUGUAGACCUGGCGUGUGUAACCUCAACAGUCCUCACACCCUGAUAAAACUUAAAGAUGUGAAACAACCAGAUUUUAAAGAGUAACUUUGCUGCAGAGUGUAUUCUGCAUCCAUGUGGUUUGGUCACAUCUACAAACACUGAACAGGGCGUUACAGGAGUGUGAAGUUACAGCUGGAUGUCGGUCUACGACGCACAGAGGCUUCGAGACACAUCUGCAUGUUCAGCCACUGCUGCAUUAAUUCUGGCUGAAACACUGACGGUGUGUUGCUUAUCUAUGCUCGGCCAACACUUCUGCUCACAUUACUUGCAAUAUCCAAAACCACUGACAUUUUUCUGCCUGGAGAAGAAGAGGAGGGUUUAGUAUAUUUCUGUAGUGAAGUGUUGGGGUUGGGGUCAUGGGGGGGGUUAGGUAAGGGUCGGGUGAGUGCAUCAUUGUCCCUGAUAUUGGGACUCUUAUUUUGACACACAUACUGUAGAUUCUAAACAGCCCUGGACCAAUGGAAACAGUGGGUUCUUUUCUCAUUCUGUGUCUAUUUUUAUGGUAUGAAAGGAAAAACACAAACUGUAACUUUAAAAAAAAGGUCUUCAGGACAAUUAUUUUUUGGGUUAUGUCUUUAGAAUGCCAACUUGUCUGGAAGUUUCACAAGACAAUUAAAAUGUUAUUUUAAUGGAUUCCUUGUUAAUUGCAGUCUAUUGGAUAGCACUGUAGAUCAUACGACUUUGUGUAAAAAAAUGAAAAACCAUGAAAAAAAAGUUUUUAUAUGCAAUGGAUUAAAUAAAAGCAUGGGUUGA